AUGCCUGAUGACCAUAGCAAGUUGGUACCACUCCUUCCCAUCCCGAACAGGACAGUGAAACGACUUUGCGCCGAUGAUAGUGCGGGUUCCCGUGUGAAACGGGGGACCUUCGGGCCUCGCGCGAUUGGAGCGGCCGAUGGCAGAUUAGGUAGUUGGUGGGAUAAAAGCUUACCAAGCCGACGAUCUGUAGCUGGUCUGAGAGGACGACCAGCCACACUGGGACUGAGACACGGCCCAGACUCCUACGGGAGGCAGCAGUGGGGAAUUUUGGACAAUGGGCGAAAGCCUGAUCCAGCAAUGCCGCGUGCAGGAUGA